UCUGAUAAUGAAAGAGAAUAAAUUAUCCUAGACAUGGAAAAUUUAUAUCCUUUAAUGAUCUUUGUCUUUUCUUUUUUUGAAAACUAGAGAAUUUUAUUAAAAAAAAACCACCCAAUAUUAAGUAGCCCGAAACCGCCGACUUCCAUAAAGUUACAUCAACCCAUCAAACUCUACAUGAGAAGCUAGGAGUCCUAUCAAAAAACCAAAAACAAAACUAACCAAAAGACCAAAUCAAAACGACAACACCCACAAACCAUGACCCCAAAACAACUAUUUAGCUCCAUCAGUGACCAUCAACACCAAGAAAACCACACAGUAGCAGCCUAAAUUCCUUCCCAGCCACCAGCACCACCAAAGCAGCAGAUAGAUCAGGAAGCAACAAACAGAAAACAACCACAAUCAAGACAACCACCAGCAGACAGGCUGCAAACAGCCACCAAACAGCAACAUCUCUUGAUACAGCAGCAGCAAUCAACAGUCUAAACAACAGUAAGAUCAGCCACAACAAAAAAAAAAAACAGCAUCAAACAUCAGUAAAAUCAAACCCCUACAGCUUCAACACAAACACAGCACCACCACCCAAGGUCUUCCAAGCAGGCCCUAACAUGCCAUCACCAGCCCACAAGCAAAAAUUCAGCAAGCAAACACACAGCCCUCACCCCACUGACAACACCAACCUCCAACACACCAUAGCCAUACAACCCACAUGCUAUUUACACCCCUGGAACCUAUCAACAGAUCAGCAAGCCCAACCAACAGCAACAACCCAUAAGCACCAACUACACCACCUCCACAUAGCAGCAAAAACAUACUCCACCGCACCAACGCAGACAAAAUAACAACAACCCCACCACAAACCUGUAAACACAACCAAACAACCACAAAAACACAACUACAAACACAACCACAAAAACACAAAUUACUAAUGUGUAAAUAGAAGGUGAGGAAAUAAUAAAACUGAGCAAGUUAUUAUUAGGGCUGGCAAAAGCUGACCCGACCUGCUAACCUGAUCUGAAACCGACCCGAAAUUAGCGGGUUUGGGUUUAGAUUUUUGACCGAAUUAAUUAAAUGGGUCAACCCGACCUGAUCUGUUUAUUAAAUGGAUUAGGUUCAGGUUGAAUAUUUAAACCCGAAAAAAACCUGUUUAACCCAUUUAUUAAAUGGGUCAAUCAGGUCAGGUCGACCCAUAUUAACCCAUUUAAUAACCCAUUUAAACUGGAAUAUUAUAAUUUAUAAGCCCCUAAGCGGCCCAAGCCCAUACGCGGAUACGCCUCCCAGCUUCCUAAAAAGUAAAAACCCUAAAAAUUCCUGUUCUACUUCCCAGCUUCCGUUCUUCGGUCUUCCUUCCAGCAGCUUCCUCCUUAACUGCGCCUUCUCUUCUCUGAUUCUCUCCCUAAAAACCUAAAAAUUCCUCCUUCUCUCCCGAACUGCGCCGCGCCUUCAUCUUCCUCUUUCUUCUUCUUCCGUCUCUGCCGAAGUAUCUCCCGAACUGGGUUACUAGUUGUUAAAUCAAGACUAUUCUUAAUCAUCCAUAAGUAUUGAAGCCUAGAGGAGAUGGAUCCAGCAGCUCCAGGACCCCUAAAUCCUAGUGUCUUAACUAUGCAGCAUGAGCACAGAACUAUCCUCUUUGGGAUGCCCAGGUGUCCGAUGCAGAAACGCUAGGCACCAGGUAUCCUCUGGCGUGACAUGGUGCAUCACAUAUUGGGAGAGCGUCCUCCACCGGAAGUGAUCAGGGGGAGCGGUUUGCGCUGCACGUGGUUAGUUCAGACCUUCUCGCAUCUCCCCGAAGAUGAUGAUAAAGGCACAACUCUUAUACUCUAUAGGAGUUGUGUUGUUUGCCGAUAAAACAAACAACCAAAUACAGCUCCUUUACUUAACUUUACUUGACGACCCGUGGGAGCGCAUCGCCGAGUAUAGCUGGGGCUCCGCAGCCCUUGGAUACCUGUAUAGGACGCUAUGUGGUGCUGCCCUAAACAACGUCAAGGAGAUUGCGGGGCCAAUAGUCAUAUUACACUGUGGGCGUGGGAGCAUAUUCUUAUUAGCCAACCUUACAGAACCGUUGGUCUUUGUGAUACUGCUCCUCCACCACAACCCCCACCAGAUGUUGCGUAUGGUUCAAGGUGGAAUUUUGCACGCCGGACGCGCAAGCACACUGGCACCGGUCUCGAAUUCUACCGAGAUCAGUUAGAUUUGCUACGACCCAACCAGUUUUUGUGGGACCCAUACCCUGCGGAAGCCUACACAGUUGUACCCGAACACUCGGAGAUUCAUUCAGGUGCGUGGAGGGCUUCUGUGCCACUCAUAUGCUUUGACAUUGUCGAAGUACAUCUACCAAAGCGCGUACUGCGCCAAUAUGGGUUGGUAAAGGGCAUUCUACCGCCUUGUGACACUGAACCCCAGCUGCACCAGAUUUCGCGCAAAAAUCAGGGUGCGGCAAACUUGAUGGACAUCAACUGGCGUCACAUCGCUCGUUGGGAUGGUAGACUGGAGCUGCUAGCAUAAGGUGCGCCGAUCGAUGUCCAUGGCGCACAUACUACACCAGACUACAUGCCGUGGUUCCUCUGCAUCAUGCGCCGAUGGAUGACACCACGUGCCAUCUUCGCAGCAGCACAUUACGCACCUGUUGCGCCUACGAUGACCCAAUUUGCAUAAGGUGCGGCAACAGUGAUGCGGUAGAGCUACGAGGAGCCGGUGAGGGAGAUUGCGCAUGGUAUGCUCGUCGGCUCGUAGUUCCAGCACUUCAUAUCGGAAGUCGCUACAGAGUCCUCACCGACUACCGCCCAUACGCACGUCUCAUCUCCUGCUUAUGACUAUCAUUUGGAGGAGAUGGACCAUUCAUACCUCGUUGACGUUGCAGGGACCAUUCAUACCAUUCAUAUGUAUAUUUAUUGAGUUGUAUAUUUCAAACAUUUGUAUAUAUUUUGUUGUAUAUAUGUGUUUAAUUACUUUAUCAUAGCCUCCAAGCUUUCACUUACGAAUGAUCGGAGUUUUGGCAAUGAAUCAUGCCGCCUGAAACAUAUAUUGACUUGUAAUUACUUAUUCUAAUGUCUUUAAUGCAAAUACAACAAAUAACAACUCAAAAAUUAAGGAAAAAAAUAUAUUAAAUAUCUGUUGCCAGUUAUUAACUGCGAACAGCCAAACAGGACAAAGUAGUUGUUCGCAGUUAGUAACUGUGAACAGCUAUUUUGUCAUAUUUGACUGUUGUUCAAACUUCAGAUUUGGGAUUUUCACGCUUACUUUUGGAAUAUUUUUAAAAUUUAGACUAUUUUUUUUAUUUUUUUUAUUUUUUCGCUUAAUGUUUUCAAAUUUUCUGGGUUUCUUUAGGUGGCCCAAGUCCAUAAAUAACGAACGUGAUUGGAGCUCCACUUCAUAAAUAGGGUCGUACAAUUAUCUAGAGCCUAUGAAACUACAAAACUGGUGCAAGUAUUUCUCUUCACUGGCCCCUGACUUAUAAAGUCCUUAGAGACUAAUUCAUGUAACACAUGCA